CUGCUGUGUGUGUGUGUGUGUGUGUGUGUGGAAUUGGUGAUCAGUAUUCGGAUCUGUGUUAUAGGGCUCUAAACCAUAAUUGUGGCUCAGGGACUUACCUAAUUUUGUGGCAAGGCAACACACCCAUUUCUGUCCAAGAGGAAAUACUUAGCAGAUAGCGCUGGCGCUAAGUUCACCUUCCGCGGUCCCAGAUCACGGCAUCCUCAGGAUGAGGUACUAUCCUGCCCGUCGGUCUGCACGUAGCCUGAGGUCGACGCGGUCAGUUCGUUUUCCCAAUGACGUUGUCUUCUUGGAUCACAUACGACAGGGUGACCUGGAACAAGUUGGGCGAUUUAUCCGGGCACGAAAGGUGACGUUGGAUACCAUCUACUUAACAGGUAUGGGUGCUCUGCAUGAAGCAGUCCUUUCUGGGAAUCUAGAGUGUGUGAAGCUGCUGGUGAAAUAUGGAGCAGACAUAGAGCAGAGGGAUGAAAAUGGCUGGACUCCCUUGCACAUGGCAUGUAGUGAUGCACACCCACACAUUGCCAGAUACCUCCUUUCUCUUGGAGCACAAAAAGAUGUUGUGAACACUGAUGGGGAGAAGCCUUGUGAACUGAUAGACUCAGACUGCGAGGAGUUAGUGCAGCUCUUCUCAACAAAGGAGGGCGAUUGACGGACCCUUGGGCUGAUUGCCAGUGAAGCUGGGUUGGAAUUUUUUGAAAUGUGCUACUCCCUUGUAAUGGAACGUUGAUUACAGAGAUUUCUCCAUGAGUUCUCAUCUAUUCAACCUAACUUAUACCUGAGGAGUUUUUUUAUGUUGUGCUACAGUCACACACACUGUAAAGGACAAGAUGGUGACAGAGAAACAAAGUAUAUUUAUACUGGUUCUUUGAUAAUGUAUAAAAACACAAAAAGUGAAAAGCAUGUGUAAAUUCACAAUGGAAGCAAGGUGACCAUAUUGUGACUGUUUACUGGUAACAAUGGGCCCUGUCUACAAGUGCUGGACAAUUGCUCGACAAGGAAGGCUGAUAUAUGACUCUGUUGUAUUUAUGGGGCAUGUACAGCAGAGAACUGUGUACUAGGUGUUUUGUGAUGUACAUACACAAUGCUGUGUGCGUUAGCUAGUCUACCAGUCUGUCGUCCAGCUACAGCAUUGUAAUCAAUAUGUGCAUACUCUGCCUGAUUUUAAGAUGGAUGCAUUUGCCAAUGUAAUGUUUGCAGAACACAACAUGCAAAAGAUAUGUUGUGUAUCCCAAGAUGUGUCCAACCAGAAAACAGUAGCAUUUGUGCCUUGUGUAUGUCAGGAGUACUAGUGUGUAUACUUAUGACUAGGGAUAGAUGCGGCUUCUCACACUUAAUAUUAAUGCACAUACAUGCAGAACAAAUUCCAUAUCAAUGUAAUAAAAUACCAAUAUCCACAUGUCCACUGUUUACCCUUUUAACAUCCAGGGGGAAAUCUUCUUUCCUGCAGUAGUCUAGUGACAAAUAGGCAUAGAGAUGGUGGUGACUUUAUGUAACAUAGCUAAUGAAUGAAAGAAUACCAGCUGGAGUGGUCAAUAAGCAUUUAAAUAGUGUUGCUGGUGAUCAUCAGGUAGCUUUACACCAGCUAAUAGCCAGAGUUACCGCUUUGGAGACAGGUAUGCAGCAAGGUUAGCUGAACUGUUGUUUUAGGCACGCAUCUGGUAGCCCCCAGGUUCAUUUUGAUGGUGAUCUGCUCCACUGUAGCGUGUCGGUCGGCCCUCACGCACCGUCGUAGCCGAUGGUCAACUCUCAUAUCAAUGGCAUGAGGUGCUCCGCAGUUUCCACGUCGGUUAUUCGCAAUGGUGCCAUGUGUCCAGUCACAAUAUACCUUCACCACAGCAGCACAUGAAUAGUUCACAAACUGCGCUGUUGCAGAAUACUGCCAUCCUGGGUCCGAAAGCUGAUAAUUAUCCCGUUUUGCAACUUGGAUAAAUUGCCCCUUUUACUCAUGACAACGAGUGGUAUGUGUGCAGACGGCCUCACACACCUUAUAUACCCACCAACCCAGCGCAUGACACGUUACGUACUUCAUGGGCAACACUCUGCCGACCAGGCCAACAAAUGUAAUAGGUGGUCUUAACAAUGUGACCCGACCGUGUGUGUGUGUGUGUAUAUAGUGUUUUGUAUUUGCAGUUUACAGUUAAUUCUGCCCUGGUUAUUGUGAGGAAAUAUGUCCUAAAUUAGUCAUUGUUCACCCUGUAGCCUCAUGCUCCUCUAGCCAUCAUUUUUACUGGUGAACCAAUAGGUGUCUAAUAAAGACCAAAUAGCAAAUAAAUGAAAAGUGAAAAUCAAAAGAAAAAAGUAAAUAAAGUCACUAAAUAAUAAUUUCUAUUUCUGCUUCCCUAAAUUGUGCCCAGUCUGUCUAGAUAACACAUUCAUCUCUGGGUGUGCAAAAUUCAGAGCGGAUUCUAAUUGUGCUAAUCAUAAAGUUCAUGUUGAUGUAGUAUGUAAAGUUGUAUUUUAGCAUUCAAAAUCAUAUGUUCAAAUGACAGAAUUCUAAAUAUUUGAUAUGGGACAUACUGUUUGUUAGCAGAGUAUAAGCAUUUGUCUUCUAAAAUGUGAGUCAUACCCACUCUAUAACACAACUAGUGUCCAAAAUGGUCACGUGCAGAGGUGGCCAUAUUGGACAAGAUCUGACAAGCUUGUCCUCAUCACUUCCAGCUACAAUCAGGGACUAUUAAUACAUGGGAAGAUAAUCACACUCAAACCAAUAACUGUCAUUUGCCAACCGCAUCUACCAGUGAUCUCAUCAGUAUCAAUCAGAAUAUUAUCUGGCAUGAUGAUCGAUAUCAGACACAUCAACUUUCAUAUUUCCAUAGAUAAAGCCACCAUUGAUCAUUACAUUUACAUGGGACUGGCCUGAACGCACAAAACAUCUUUCACACCACAGAUUGCCUUGCAUAUAGGGGGUAAUUCCAAGUUGAUCGCAGCAGGAAUUUUUUUAGCAGUUGGGCAAAACCAUGUGCACUGCAGGGGGGGGGGGGCAGAUAUAACAUUUGCAGAGAGUUAGAUUUGGAUGGAUUAUUUUGUUUCUGUGCAGGGUAAAUACUGGCUGCUUUAUUUUUACACUGCAAUUUAGAUUGCAGAUUGAACUCACCACACCCAAAUCUAACUCUCUCUGCACGUUAUAUCUGCCUCCCCUGCAGUGCACAUGGUUUUGCCCAACUGCUAACAAAGUUCCUGCUGCGAUCAACUCAGAAUUACCCCCAUAGAUUUGUGGAAAUUACCAAUGGCUGUUUUCAGUAAAUCUUAUUAUAUUUAGCAUUAUUUUAUUUUUACAUAUAGAGAUACACUACUUCAAUAAGUUUUAAGCCGGCCCCUCCAUGCCUGAUGCUGAGUUGGACAUAUGCUCAUUUGUGAAAUAUAUCAAACGCCCUCGUUAUCAUUUCUGUUGCUGGAUAUAUGGAAUUAUUUUGCAAUAUUUUAUAAUAACAAGUGCAGAGCAAUUUGGUUCACAUCUAUACUAAAAUAUAUUGUAACAUUUGUGAGAGUGCAAAGUGCAAAUCCAUACCUCCCAACAUGACCCUUUCCAGGAGGGACAAAAUGCUCUGUUCCUGGACUUCCGUCUUAAAGUAUGAUUGCCAUCACCUGUGUAGAACUAGUUAAUUGAGGAGAAAUGUGUUUCAGCACAGGUGAACAGAGCAUUUUGUCCCUUGUGGAAUAGGUCAUGUUGGGAGGUAUGUAUCAUGUAUGUUUUUGUAACUACAAAUGUUAUAAUAACCUAUAUACUUUAUUCCUACACAAUAUUAACCUAUACAAUUUAUUAUUAUACUAUAAUAACAAACCAUUUAUUCUUACAUUUUCUAUUAUAUUAAGAUAAAUAAUACAAGUAUUUAUUCUGAACUCUACUACUGUUACAAUUGUGUACAAACAUGUAAGAAAAUGAUAAACAUGCAAUGUCCAUCACUUAAAGGGGAACAAUUCCCAUUUUUUAUAUGACCCCUUCCCUCAAUAGGCAGAAAAGCAGUAGUCCAACAUUUCAGUAAUUUAAGAAUAUUACAGUGGGUUAAAAAUGUCCAGAUAGACAAUAGGGCUGUGUUCUCGCUCCUGCUCCCUUCAGGUAUGUAAGCCAUCGAAAUGCAUGAAGUUAUUGGGGAUGGGGAGGGUGUUAUAAAAUGUAACAAGCUCUUGCACUGACGCCAUUCAAAGCUGAUGUUAGCCUCUUAAAGCAGCCCCCUCAAAUUUUUUUAAAGCAGCAAAUUUAUAAAAUGCAAGAUCAGCUUGGUUUGCCUUUUAAAGUAUUGCCACUUUUAAAAAGGGCCAUAUUCAGGGGAAUCUCGCAGACGCCUGCAUCUCACAGGUUAUUACAUUAUCCCCUUGGAUUGGAGCAGUAUUUUUAUUAGCAUUGGUAGCAAAAAAUAUAUAAAAAAUACAAAUGGUUUAGCAGGUCAGAUAGAGCCUCACUAGUUUUGUGUCUGCAAUCUCUUCCUGCAUCUGAGGAAGUGCGGCUGAAACUAGUGAGUGAGAACACCUUAAGCCGUAUUGUCUACAUGGACAUCUACACGUUCGAGUCACAUAAUUAUGACCACCAGCUAAUAGCCAGAGUACCCGCCGUGUGCAGCACGGACAGCUGCUAAAUAGGCUGGACUGUCAAUUUAGACACACGUCUGGUAGCCCCCAGGUUCGUUUUGACGGUGUGCUGCUCCACUGUAACAUGCCCGUCGGCCCUCAUCCACCUUCAUAGCCGAUGUUCACCUCUCUCACAUCAAUGGCACAUGAUACUCCGCAGUUUCCACAUCCGUUAUUUGCAAUGGUGCCAUUUGUUUAGUCAGAUAAACCCAGGGUCGGACUGGCCCACAGGGGAAACCACCGGUGGGCCCCACUGCCUGUGGGCCCUCCUCCUUCUCUGGGGAUCAGGUUCCAGACUUUAUCCAGGUGCACUUGAGUUAUGCAUUAUACAUAUGUUACAUUAUACUUCACAAGAAUAUGGUUUAUUAUAUAUUUACCAAGGGGAACAGAACAUGUACUCUGUAAUGGUUAGCCAAACUCUGUGGUGGCUGGCCACACCCCCACUGUAGCCUGACCACACCCUUAAGCAUAAGCCCCUACAACAGCAUCCCCCCGGUGGGCCCUUCAUGCCCCAGUCCGACACUGGAUACACCUUCACCACAGCAGCACAUGAACACUUCACACACUGCGCUGUUUCAGAAAUACUGCCACCCUUGGCCCGAAAUCCGAUAAUCAUCCCGUUUUGCAACUCGGAUAAAUCGCCCCUUUUACCCAGGACAGCAACGAGUGAUAUGUGUGCAGUCGGUCUAUCAAACACCUUAUAUACCCAUCAAGCCAGCGCACAACACGUGACGUACUUCAUGGGCUACAUGCUGCCGACGUCAAAUGUAGGAUAUGGUCAUAAUAAUGUGACUUGACCGUGUAUAACCUACUGCAGAAGAUGCUUGCAUCACAAACCUGGGACUAGUAGCCAGGAAGAGCCAUGGAUUAGUUCAUCCUUAGAGAUACAGAAGGAAGGUAUAGUAAAUUAUAUUACAAAUAUAUAUAUAUAUAUAUAUCUUCGGUUACAGGCAGAUUUGAAUGGCAGCUAUUUAUCAAGAUGGUAAACCUCCCAAUGGGCUGCUUUCACAUUGAUAGCAAGACCAUAGCUGUGACAAUCAGCAGUGCUAGCUCGGAUGUUGCAAUAAUAAUAAAGCAUGAUAUUGGAUUUCUAAAGUGUUUUUUUUACUCUGUAUUGACCCCAACUUCUGUAAUAAUGUUGUUAGUUAUAAAGAUGGUGUCCAUUUCCAAUGAAUGCUAUGUUUAUUUGAUAAGCUAUGGUAUAUCUAAUUUUGAACUGUACACUUUUAAUCAGAUUGUAUAUAUAUAUAUGGUUGACAAAUGGUGUUCCCAUUACCAGGGGAUGUGUAAAUCAAGAAGUAAUUUACAAUAAAUGAAGUGUGGUACCUUG